AGAAUUGAAAAACAAAUUUCCAAAAGAGCGGCUCCCCCAGACAGACAGACCGACCGCCCUACAGACCGCCCUACAGACAGACAGACACAGUCGCAGGCAGACACUCUAUCCUUCCUUCGUCUAUCCUUCGUCGUUCACCAUCGCCGCGUCCAUCACCAUCGCCGUCCAUCACCAUCGCCGUCCACCAUCGCCGUCCAUCACCAUCGCCGCGUCCAUCACCAUCGCCGCCCAUCGCCAUCGCCGUUGAACGUUGAAGCGACUCUAUCCUUCCUCCGUCCAUCACCAUCGCCGUUGAACGUUGAAGCGACUCUAUCCUUCCUCCGUCCAUCACCAUCGCCGUCCAUCACCAUCGCCGUUCUUGUUGUUGUUGUCAGAGCGCAAUGACGAUUCGCUUCAUCUUGAUGGUUAACAAGCAGGGACAGACGCGGCUUGCUCAGUAUUACGAGUACAUGUCCAUCGAGGAGCGGCGCGCUUUGGAGGGAGAGAUUGUGCGGAAGUGCCUUGCUCGAUCAGAACAGCAGUGCUCGUUUGUGGAGCACCGUAAUUACAAGAUCAUUUAUCGGCGCUAUGCAUCCUUGUUCUUCCUAGUCGGCGUUGAUGGACAUGAGAACGAGCUGGCGAUCCUCGAACUCAUCCACUGUAUCGUGGAAACCAUGGACCGAUAUUUUGGGAACGUAUGUGAGCUGGACAUCAUGCUUCAUCUUGAAAAGGCACACUUUAUGCUGGACGAGAUGGUCAUGAAUGGAUGCAUUGUGGAGACCAACAAGAGCAAUGUACUAGCGCCAAUCCAACUCCAAAACACAUGGGCAAUUAUGAAUCAAUCACACGUUUGCAAGAAGAGUGUAUACACACACGAGUACACAAUGGCACAUGAUUGCACACGCCGGCGGGUAUGGCACCACGACCGGUUUGCGACCAUGGAUGAUGGCCAUGCUGAUGAUGAUGACGAUGAUGAUGACGAUGAUGGUGAAGUCAUGAUGAUGAUGAUGAUGAUGAUGAGGAUGAGGAUGAUGAUGAUGAUGGUGAUUUAUGCUAAUGAUGAUGGUGAUGAUGAUGAUGAUGAGGAGGAGGAGGAGGAUAGUGAUGAUGAGAGGAUAAUGAUGAGAAUGACGACGAUGAUGGUUAUGUAAUGACGAUGACGGAAAUAAGGAAAGGGUUGGGUGGCGUACUGAUGCUAGCAGGUAGGAGGAGGAGGAGGAUAGUUAGAUUUUGAAGUUCUGCUCCAACAGGGGUAUUGUAUUGUCUUUUUUUUUUUUUUUUUUUUUUUUUUUUGUCUUCCAUGUGAGGUGGGGGUCAUUUCUUCCUAGCGGGAUUUCUCAGGGCGGUUUUGAUCUGGGUUGGGUAGGAGGUGGCCGACGUUCUUGAUGGCAUGUGUAGGGGAGGGAGGGAUAAUGGAGAUUGUAGAGAGGGUCAAAGGACCAGUACACGUCCAAACAUCGGCCUAGGGCCCCUCACCGCGACGUUUUGGGAAGGCGGGAAUUUUUUGGGGAGGCGGGAAACGCGACAAAGGCCGUUGGCCGUUGAUGAAAUUUAUCAAUGGCGGCGUGGCCCCGAAAGUUGCGGUGGUGGGGACCACUUCAGUUUUUCUGCAAGGCUGCGGCCGUGUACUCGUGGGGUUUAAUGAGAGAGGGUUGGCCAUUGUUUAAUCGUGCUCUUGUUUCUCUUGAAGCCAGUACACACUUGUGGUGGGUUCAUGGGUAGGGUAUUUCUUGGUGUUGUUAUUUGUCUGAGGCAGAGCAAAUUCAUCGAAUAUGGUCUUUUCAGCUGAGAGAGAACGUGGUCCUGCGCUUGGACUAGUUCCAGGCCCAAGGGUGGUUUGGGUACUGGUUUGGGCAUAGGGCUGGAAAGACAAAACUUCAGAUAUCAUCGUCCCAGUUCAUGACGGGCACGUUCGAUCCCUUGGCGGUAUCUAGGAGUGGGCAGAGGGUAGAAAAGGAGGGAGCAAGGCGAGAGAGAGAGAGAGAGAGAGAGAGAGAGAGAGAGAGAGAGAGAGAGAGAGAGAGAGAGAGAGAGAGAGGGUAGAAUAGGAGGGAGGAAGAGGGGGGGGGAGACAGAGAGAGAGAGAGAGAGAGAGAGAGAGAGAGAGAGAGAGAGAGAGAGAGGAUGAAACUAGCAGUCGAAGGUAAGGGGGAAAUUCGCCCUGCCAGUGGAGGGGUAUUGAGUUGCUGCUAUUUCCGGCAAACUGAAUAAAUAGGCAUUUUGGCA